AUGAAAACCAUUCUAAAACAAUAAACAAUUAUAACCCUUGCUAGACCAUGUUCUAUAAAUAAAGAGAUCACACCAAUAUCUAUACAUUCUCCUGAUAGAUAAUUAGUAUAUGGUUUGAAAACAUAAUAAUAAGCAAGAGUAUAAACUUAUGUGGGUUCUCCUUAUGUUCAAUCCCCUACAUAUGAUGCAAAUAAAAAAAUCAUUUCUUCACGUAUUAAUUUAUUAUACCUUUCUAGCCAAUAUAUAACCUUAAUCUCCAAAACAUUUAACAGAUUCCUUCCAUUAAAAAUAAAAGACAUUAGAUUUUAAACCAACCCAGACUGAUCAUUCUAAAUAAUUUUAAGGAGUAGAAUAGAAACAAUUUGAAACAACUAAAUAAUUGGUUUCAUAAAUUAAUCAACAUGAUUUUGCUAAGACUUAUCAAUAUGAUCUAAAUAAAGAAAAUAAGGAAUUAAAUUUAAAUACUGAUAGAAGAACAUUUAAUAAUCCAUUUUUAGAAUCUAAAGAGAACAUAAAGGUUGGAUUAGAAUUCUUAAGUAGAUCUCCUAUUUAAGAAUUAGCAAAUUAAUAAAAUAUUGGUAAAAUAAUUUAACCUUCAAAAUUAUCUCCAACAUAAACUUCUUCAUUAAAAUCUAAACUCUAAAAUGAUAUUAAUAAAAUAUCUAAUUCAUUAAGAGAAUUGAUUAGUUCUAUUUAAAAGUAAUUAGGAACAAGUAAUUUAACAGAUGUAUUAAAUGAUUAGAUGAUAGAUGUUCUCUCUAAUUUUAGAAAGUUAGAAGAGACAAUAAUUUCAGAUAAUCACAAUUAAUAAUUCAAUUAAGUUAAUAAUUAUAAUAAUUAAUUUGAAAAUGAAUAAAAAAUAUAAUCUCUAACAGAAGACUAUAAUAAAUUAAAAGGAAUUUUGGAGUAAUUAUAGACUAAAAUGGCUUCUCUUGUUUAAGAAAACUAGAAAGUAUAAUUUAUUAAAUCUAUUUUUAGUUAAAUAAAAAUUUAAUAGAUUAAGAGUAGUAAGUAAUAGAUGAAAAAAAAAGACUUAAGGAAGAAAAUUAAAGACUUUAAUAGAAUUAAUGUGAAUUGAAUAGAGUACUUGGAUGUUUAUAACUAAAUUAGAAGGAAAAUGAAGAGUUGAGAAAUUAAUUAUAAAAAUUGGAAAAAAACAUAAGUGAUUCAGUUGUAUGUAGACAAUUAUUUUAAUAAGAUGAGUAUUCAAAAGAGUUUUAAAUAAAAUAUUAAAAUUUAUUAAAGGAGUUUAAUUAAUUAGAAUAGAAAUAUAAAUAGAUGAUUUAAGAAAGAAGUAUUAGAGAAAUGAAUAAAUCUCCUUCGAUUUUGAGAUCACCAUCUGGUACUCCACAUUAGUAAUAAAAUAAAUAAGCUGAAUAACUUGAAUUAAAAUUACUUUAAUUUUAGAUUGAAAAUGAUAAUUUAAAAGCAGAAAUGGCACAUAAUUAAGUUGAUUCAAAAUAAUUAGAUUAAAAAAAUAGUGUAAUUGCUUAAUUAGAAGAGAAGAUCAGAUCUAUUUUAAGAGAGCGUACUGAAUCUGAAGAUCAUCUUUAAUAAAUUUGCUAUAAUUUGGAAAAUUAAAUAGAAUAGUUUAAAACUAAUUUAAAUUAAAAAGAUUCAGAAUUAAGUUAAAUGAUAAAACUAAAAAAAGAAAUAGAGAGGGAUUUUUAAUCAUCAGUUAAAAAUUACUAAAUUGUUUAAAAAGGUCUUGAUGAUAAACUAAUUAAUGUUAAAGCAGAUUAUGAUAAAUUAUUAGGAGAUUUUAAAUUAUUAGAUUAAAAACGAAUUAAGACAGAAGAAAAUUUAAAAUCUUGUGAAAAAUCAUUAGAAUAAUAAAAGUAAGAAUCUACUUAAUUAUUGGCAGAUAAAUCAAAAUUAUAGGAUAAAUUAUAAAAUUAAUAAAAAUAAAUAGAUUAAUUGAGUUAGUAAUUGUAAUAGUAUUAAUAAUCAACCUAAUAAUUAUUAAAAUAAUUGGAUAGUUUAAAAUAAAUUGAAUCUUAAUAGAAAUUAGAUUUGGAUCAAAUUUAAAAUGAAUUAAGAUAGAUAAAACAGGAUGCUAAAAAUUAAAUAAAUGAUUUGAAUUAAGCAUUAGCUUUAUAAAUAUAAAAAACAAAAGAAAAGGAGAAAUAGAAUAUUGAUCUUGUAGAGGAAAUGAGUGCUUUAAAAGAUCAAUAUGAAGUUUAAAAAAAGAUUUAAUAAGAAAAUAUUAAUGAAUUAGAAAGGAAAUCAAAGAAUCUUAAAAAUUAGUUAGAAGAAACUAUUGAAAAUAAAGAGAAUGAAAUUAAUGAUUUAAAGAUUAAUAUGGAACAAUAAUUAAAAAUGAUGGAUAAAAGAAAUGCUAUAUCUUAUUUUGAUUUUGAUUAAAGAGAAUAAUAAUGGAUGUAAGAUCUUCAAUAGAAAACAGAAAUUAUUGAAGCAUUAAAAGGAGAAUUGGAAAAGACUAGGAGCAUUAAUUAUAAUAUAUAAGAAGAUUGUUUAAAGAAUAAUAUAUAAAAUACAUAAUUAUAGGCAACAAUAAAUAAUCUUAAAGGGGAGUUAAAUUAAGCAAAAUAAGAAUAGGCUCAUUUAAUUGAUAUGUUAAAAAAAAGAAAGGAAGAAACAGAAUAAUUACAUUAAGGAUUAGAAGAAGCAAGAAAGGAAGUAUAAAUAAAAAAGAAUUCAGUUGAAGAUAAUAGAAGUAAAUAUUUGUAUUGAAUUUAGGAUCAUUGCUUAGAUAAUAAGAUUUAUAAGUUACAUUGGAAAAUUUGUAAAGAGAUAAUUUAACAUUGACUUAGAAGAUUAAUGCUUUAAAUAAUGAAUUAUAAAGAAAAUAAAGGGAACAUUAAGAAAAAUCAGAAGAAUAUUUAAUUUUAAAAAGGAAAUAUGAUGAAACUAUCUAAAAUUUAGAAAGAUUAGAAAAGAGAUGGGGAGAUAAAAUAGAUCAACAUAGAAAAAAUUGA